GUCUCGUCUCUCUCACGUCAUUUUUACUCUUUUUAAAACCGUAGCGCACUCACUCACCAUUCUCUCUCAAAAGCAAAACCAAACCCUGAAAAAGCUUCAACCACUGCCAAAGUAGUACUUAUAAAACAAUCUCCCAAAUUCAAUCCCACCAUUAUCUCUUUAUCUCUCUACAGAACCCUCAAAUGCGGCAAUACUAAAACUGGUAUACUUCCGACAAGUGAUUAGGUGAACGAGAAUCUUCGACAUGGCCGGUAAUUGUUCGGAGGGAUUGGGAGAUGAUUUUUUUGAACAGAUCUUAGCAGUGCCUGAAAGUGGAGUUGGUUACGGGAGGAAUACUACAGGCAUGGAACAUGUUGGAGGAGUGUUGCAACUGGGGUCCACAGCUGGUAGAGGAGGAAUAAUGCCGUUGGGGUUGAAUUUGGAGCAAACUCACCAUGGUUUUCUCAGGCACCAAGAUGCUGCAACAAGGUUUGUUGACAACGUUGUUGAUGUUGAAACCAAUAUUACAAACACUAACAACAACAAUAACCAUCAUCAUCUUCGUCUUCAUGAUAUCAAUAACAAUAAUACUAGUUCUUCCUCACCCUCUUCUACUCCAGGAAUCACUGAUAGGGAUUCGAUGCAGCACAUGAGGGGUUUGUUUUCAACGUUUGGACAAAUGCAUACUCCCACUCAUGCUCAGCCUGUACGUCCCAUGCUCCCAUCUCCAACCCCUCAACCGCAGCUACAUCUUCACCAUCAACACCAACACCAACAACAGCAUUUUCAGAGCCAGCAACCAAAUCCAGCCUCUGUUACUGCCAUGCCACAACCACCUGGCAUCCGUCCUCGGGUUCGAGCAAGAAGAGGCCAAGCCACGGACCCCCACAGCAUCGCUGAGCGGUUGCGUCGUGAAAGAAUCGCAGAAAGAAUGAAGGCGUUACAGGAAUUAGUCCCCAGCAUCAACAAGACGGACAAAGCGGCUAUGCUGGAUGAAAUUGUUGAUUAUGUGAAGUUCCUUAGGCUCCAAGUUAAGGUCUUGAGCAUGAGUAGACUUGGUGGAGCCGGUGCAGUUGCUCAACUUGUAGCUGAUGUUCCUGUUUCCGCUGUCGAGGGUGAUGACAUAGAAGGUGGCACCAACCAGCAAGCCUGGGCGAAGUGGUCGAACGACGGAACCGAACAACAAGUGGCUAAACUUAUGGAAGAAGAUGUUGGUGCAGCUAUGCAACUUCUUCAAUCAAAAGCACUUUGUAUCAUGCCUAUAUCUCUAGCCUCAGCAAUUUUUCGUAUGCCUCAAUCAGACUCAUCCUCAAUCAUCAAGCCUGAAUCAAACAACCACACAUAGACCAUUACCCUUAGCUAACAAAGAAAAAUCUCACCACAAACUUGACAUAAAUUUCUUCCUCCAUUUUCGUAAGGUUAAUUAUUCAACUUUUUAUUUUAUUUGUUCAAGUUUUGUCAAACUAUAGAAGUAAUUGUCAUUGCUAGCAAUAAAAUGUAAAACUGGAGGAGCCCAACAUGUCAUGUCAUUAUCAUGGUGAAAAAUCAAAUAUUUUCAAAGACUAUUGAUUUUUUUUUCUACCAAAUAUCUGUGGUGGGGUUGGUGAAGUAUAACCAAAAUAUUAAAUAUUUGUAGUGGAGGCUUCUUUUUCUUAAUUUUUAUUUUUUUGAGUAAGUGGAAAGUGGGACCAUUUAAAAGGAAGGGAUAUAUAAGUUUGUAAUGUAUCAUGUAUUUGGAGAAAUUUUAAUGCAAGUUGAAUUUAGA